CCAAUCAUGUAGACUAUGAGACACGAACCAUCUAAAUAAAGUUGGUGAUCUUUUUUCGUAGCCAAGUUGCAUUCCCAUUUACUCCCCCCAAAAGAAAAGUUGCAUUUCCAUUGCUUCUUCCCUUGUUUUUCAUCUUAGAGUUCAUACAGCUUUUCCCCCAACAACUCUCUUCCCUAUAGAGGGAGUUAGGCAAAGGAAAAAAGACAACAAAUUUGACUCUGUUCUGUUUAGGAUUUGUCAUCUGUUGCAGGAUUUGGAGUUUCUGCAAAUUUCUGACGAUGGGGGUUUGUUGGAGUGAUCGUUCCAAGUCUUUGAGUCCUCCUAAAGGUCUUACAAGGUUUAAGUCUAAGAGAGGAGAUGGGGAACAUUCUCAUAUUUCCAGCAGCAAGGUAUCAUCAGCUUCUAUACCGGUGACGCCUCGGAGUGAAGAUGAAAUUCUGCAAUGCUCCAAUCUGAAAAACUUCAGCUUUAACGAAUUGAAAACUGCAACGAGAAACUUCCGCCCUGAUAGUGUUGUUGGAGAGGGUGGAUUUGGUUCAGUAUUCAAAGGUUGGAUCGACGAGCAUUCCCUAACUCCCACCAAGGCUGGCACUGGCUUGGUUAUUGCUGUGAAGAGGCUCAACAGAGAGGGGGUGCAGGGUCACAAGGAGUGGCUGGCUGAGAUCAACUACUUGGGGCAGCUUUCCCAUCCUAAUCUUGUGAAGCUCAUUGGUUACUGCUUUGAAGAUGAUCACAGGUUGCUGGUAUAUGAGUUCAUGCAAAAGGGCAGUGCAGAAAAUCAUCUUUUCAGAAGAAGCUCUCAUUUUCGACCGCUUUCAUGGAAUGUUCGGAUUAAAAUUGCUCUUGAUGCUGCCAGAGGACUUGCAUUUCUUCACAACAGCGAUGCGAAAGUCAUAUAUCGUGACUUCAAGACAUCUAAUAUUCUUCUUGAUGCAAACUAUGAUGCAAAGCUUUCUGAUUUUGGAUUAGCUAGAGAUGGGCCAAUUGGAGAUCAAAGCCAUGUCUCUACGAAAAUAAUGGGGACUCAUGGAUAUGCAGCUCCUGAAUACUUAGCCACAGGUCAUCUCACGGCAAAAAGCGACGUAUAUAGUUUUGGAGUAGUUCUUCUUGAACUGCUAUCAGGACGACGAGCCUUAGACAAGAAUCGACCAACAGGGGAACACAACUUGGUCGAUUGGGCAAAACCAUAUCUAGUAAAUAAGCACAAAAUCCGUCGUGUCAUGGACAAUCGACUUGAGGGCCACUAUGCUUUGGGACAAGCACAAAGGGCAGCAAACCUUGCGUUUCUUUGCCUAGCUAUAGAUCCCAAGUAUAGGCCCACCAUGAAUGAGGUUGUAACAUCAUUGGAGCAGCUUCAGAAACCAUCUGAGGUUUUGAGAAGUGGAAGAGAAAGUCAUAAUGGUCAGUCAAAUGGAAGAACAAAGAAAACAUGAAAGAGAGUGUGGUGCUGCAGGCAAACUUGUGAAAUGUACAGCUGCUAUGAUGAAAAAUGUAUUUAAUCCCAAAUUCCAAACCCUCUCUUUUGCUGGCAAUUUUCUUUUCACAUCUUUGCUUUCAUCCUUUUUUUUUUUUUUUAAUGUAUUUAUGUAACACUAUCUACUUUGAUAUUGUUCAUAUUUUGUCAGAUAUAAGAAGAAUUCAAGGAGUAUUAUAUUAGAAAGUAUAUAAAUAUGAAAUCUCACUUUACUAUGA